UUGCCCGGCAACGAGUCAACGCCAAACAAAGAUGGACUCUUCUGAGAAACAGACAGAUGAAGACAAUUUACAAGGUGACCCCACAGGAAAGCAGGAACCUUCUGGGGAAACGGAAAGUGAAAAUGUUCAGCCACCUCCAGAGAACAACACAACUUCCCCAUCAGCAGGUGCACAGGAAGCACAUACACAAGCAGAGGACCCUUCACAAGACAAAGCUCAGGCUCAUGCAGCCUCUGAGCAGGUGCAGCAGCAGCCAGGUGGGAGUAGUGAUGCUGUGGAGGAAGAGGAGGAGCGAACGGGGAUGAAGAAACUCCCUGAGGACAUGUACUACAACUAUGAUGAGCUGUACUCCAGACCAGUCAUCACUGCAGACUCGGAGAUCCCAGAGAACCUGCUGCACCUUACUCACUCUUUUGGGUAUGACUGUGGGCGCAGAGCCAACCUGCAGCUGCUGGAUGAGCGAACGCUGGCCUUCGUGGCUGGAAACCUGCUCAUAUUCCUGGACGUCCGGACCAAGGAGCAACGCUACCUCCGCUCCUGCAGUGGGGGAGGCAUCGGCGCCGUCAUGGCCCACCCCAGUAAUAGGUAUUUUGCUGUGGCAGAGAAGGGAGACCAGCCCAACAUCGUCAUCUAUGAGUAUCCCUCAUUACGACCCUACCGCAUUCUCAGAGGUGGGACAGGGCAGGCAUAUAGCUUUGUGGACUUUAACCGUGAGGGCACCCUGCUGGCCAGUGUGGGUAGUGCUCCGGACUACAUGCUGACCUUGUGGGAAUGGAGACAUGAACAGGUGAUGCUGCGCUGCAAGGCCUUCUCACAGGACGUCUACAGGGUCACCUUCUCACCUGACAAUCCUGGGCAACUCACCACCUCCGGAUCAGGACACAUCAAGUUUUGGAAAAUGGCCAGCACUUUUACUGGUCUCAAACUGCAAGGGCUUCUGGGAAGGUUUGGGAAGACUGCCCUCACAGAUAUCGAGGGUUAUGUGGAGCUGCCCGAUGGGAAGGUAGUGUCGGGGUCUGAGUGGGGAAACAUGCUGCUGUGGGACGGGGGCCUGAUUAAGGUGGAGAUAUGCCGUAAGGGGGGCAGGACGUGCCACGCUGGCACCAUCCAGCAGUUUGCUUUGGAUGAGGGGGAGCUCAUGACCAUCGGCACCGACGGAGCCAUUAGGGGCUGGGACUUUGAGAGCAUUGACACGGCAGACUGUAACGAUGACAGGGGUCUGUUUGAGAUUGAGCCCAUGAACGAGAUGGUAAUCGGACGCAACGUCAGCCUGUCCUCCAUGGUCAAAAGCUGCCUGCCAGACUCCUUCAUCUGGUUCGCCCAGGAUUCCAAUGGAGGCAUCUGGAAACUGGAUCUUUCAUUUUCCAACAUUACCCAGGACCCAGAGUGUCUGUUCUCCUUCCAUGCUGGAGUGAUCCAGGGAAUGGAUGUGUCCAGCACCAGCCAUCUGAUGGCCACCACCGCUUUAGACCGCUCAGUCAGGAUUUUUGACUUCCUUGCGAAGAAAGAACUAACAACCAGCCGCUACAAACAAGGUGGAACAACACUGACCUGGGCGCCACGCCUGGUGAACCCUAGCGGAGGGCUGGUGGUGGUGGGCUUUGAGGACGGGGUGGUCCGUCUGCUGGAGCUCUACAAUCCCCAGAGUUUACGGGUGGUUGCCGGGCGCAGUCGCUAUGGACACGCCGAGCUCCGUCUCAAACAGGCCUUCAAACCCCACAAUGCACCUGUGACGGCCAUUGCAUACGAACGCAACGGAGAGAUCCUAGCUACUGGGAGUAUGGACUGCACUGUGUUCUUCUUCACUGUGGGGGACAGGUACGACCCCAUCGGCUUUGUCACAGUACCAGGACCUGUACAGGGGCUGGAGUGGUCGCCCCAGUCACAUGACAACAACACCCUGCUGGUCCUGUGUAAGAGUGGUCAUGUAGUGGAGGUCCAGUCUCCAGACCCGGAGGCCCAGAACCAUGGCACCACCUACCACAUCUCUGGCCUUCCCACAAGACACUUCACCUUCAGCAGCAUCAAGUCACACAUCAAGCGGGAGGAGGAGAUUGCGCGCAGGCAGGCUCUGAAGGAGAAGAGGCAGAAGGAGAGAGAGGCGCAGCUGAAGAAAGCCAAGGAGGAGGGCCUUGAGCCCACUGAGGAGGAGCUGCAGGAGGUAGAGGAGGAGGAAAAGGAAGAGCUGCCCCCUCUUUACACCCCCGACCCCCCCAGCCCCCUCUGCUGUGGCUUCUACUCUCAACCCGGGGCCUUCUGGCUCUCCAUGGGAGGCUAUGACUCGGGGUUCCUGUACCACUGUAAGUUUUCCGAGCAGCAGGGUGAGGACCCGUUGCAGCGCCAGGAUGAGCCGUUCACCUUCCUGCCUGUCCAGAAUACAGACGAGGACCCCAUCCGCACCAUCACCUUCAGCUCCAGCAGGCAGCUGUUGCUGUGUGGCAUGCAGUCAGGCAGUGUCCGGGCCUACCCUCUGCAGCCAUCUGACUUCCACCUCACCUCCAUGCAGGCCUUCUGGGCUCUCAGCGUCCAUGACAACCAGUAUGGACAGCUGCGCCAGCUGCGCUGUAGCUUUGACGACCAGUUUGUCCUGACGACGGGGGAGGACGGCAACAUCUUCUCCUUUAGCCUGCUGCCCCAGGAGGACCUGCAGAAAGCCCUGCAGCGCAGCAAGGCCAAAGUCCCCUCACCACGGGUUGGCGUUGAGAUGGAGGGUGUGGCCCAGGAUAUCGAAGACCCGUCGGCAUACAGCAUUGAGACGGCUAAGCAGAAGUUGGAAAUGGACCGUAUGCGUCGGGAGGCUGAGAUGAGGAAGGUGGAGAGACGUAAGAAGCUGGCCGAGCUGCAGAGCCAGUUCAAACAGCUACUGGAGAAGAACCAGGGUCUGCCCGAACACGUCCGCUUGCACCGCACGGAGCUGGAGUUGGACCGGCGGUUCCGUGAGGAGACCGAGAGGAUGACGGCCCAGAGGGUGCGAGAGGCCAGGAAGGAGCUGGCCUGGGAGGAGGAACGCCACCGCAUCGGACUCAAGAAACUACAGGAGAGGUUCUGGGAUUCUCUGGAGUCGGACACAGUUACUGUGGUAGCGUUCCAGAGCGACCACAGGAUCUCCACCUAUCGUCUGCUGGCACUGUCCCAGAGGUUCCACGAGCUGAAACAGAGGGAAAGGGUGUGGGGCCCGGGGGCAGGGGGGCAGGAACGUUGGAGGAACAAAGCUGAGGUCGGCAAAGACAGCUCCAACAUCACAGCGGACCAGGAGGACCUGGGUGGGGAGGCUGUUAUGGCGCCCCAUGUGGUGCGUCCAGGGGGCAGCAAGCUGGCUGGCCGCCAGGCAGAGAAACUCCGCAAGGCUACGGAGAAGGCAGAGCGAGCCCGGGCUAAGAUAGAGAAGAGGAGGAAAGAGUGGGCUGAACUGUACGCAGCAAAGCCCAAUGAGAACUGUGAGGAUCCGGAAGAUGUGCGAGCUAUCCGAUUGGCUACGGAGAAGAUGGGCGACUUCAAGCUGAAGACGGCCAAAGACUUUACGGUCCCAGAACACCUGAGGAUGAACGCAGAGAAGAAGAGAGCUCAGCUGGUCCACCUAGAGGAGAAGAUCCAUGAGAGGAAGACCCAGAUGAACAGUCGCAUCAUGGCCCUAAGGGACACUAAGGUGAGACUUGUGUCCCGCCUACGCUCCCAAGCCCAGCAGCUACAGGCUGUCCAGGAGUGCCUGGCGCCUCAUUUCUGCAGCCCGGCCCCCACCCUGCCCUCCCUGCUGCCCGAGGAGACCCCUGAGAGGAAGCUACGCUACACCCGCACCACCCUGCAGCGCUACGGGGCCCUGAGGGCUCAGAGGGCCUGUACCCAUGGCCAGGAACCAGAGGGGGGCCAGACUCUGCUGGAACAGCUGGAGGCAGAGAUAGAAGGAGAGGAGGAGACCCCCUACCAUACACCUGCAGAUAGGAGAGAGAGGGAGGUGGAGGAAGCUGGGGUGACAGAGCUGGAGGAGGAGAUGAGGGAGGUGGAGGAGAUCAGGCUUCUGUAUGAAGAGGACUCUCUGCUGGAACAGAUGUCGUCGUCAGUGUGGCAGUUUGAUGCGGAGCUGUGCCUGCUGCGUCAUGAGAAGCUGUGGCUGGACAUCCAGAUGAAACUGGCUGACCUGCGCCACGUCACCCUGUUCCAGGAGCUGCUGCUGCUCAAAGAGUUUGAGAAGAGAGAGAACUCCCUGCAGGAGAGACUCAAUGCCUGCGUGGAGGAAGAGGAAGACCUCAGGUCUAAGCUGGAGGAGUGUAAGCAGGCACUGGAGCUGAAGCGGAGGGACAUCUCCAAGCUCCAGGAGAGAGAGAGGGCCAUAGCUGCCACCUUCCAGGGCUCUCUAGGGGAGAACAACAAGUUUGCUGACUUCCUCACCAGGGUCUUCAAGAAGAAGAUCAAACGCGUCAAGAAGAAAGAGAAGGUCGGCAAUGACGAGGAGCAGGAGGACAGUGAUGAAGAAUCUGAUGAAGAGUCUGACUGGGAUGAUGAUGAGGAUGACAGUGGCUCAGAGAGCGGUGGUCCUCUGGAUGACAGCGUCUGCCCCCCAAACUGUGACUCGGAGCUGUUUGAGAACACGGUGCAGCUGCGUGAGCGUCGUCUGGACCUCGAGGAGCUGCUGGUGGAGGAGAAGAAGAUUGCAGACAACCUGAGGAAGGAGUGUGACUCCCUCGUCAAGAAGGAAAAAGUGGUUCAUGGCAGUCUGAAGGCAGCAGAGGGAGACCUGGAGCUGUUCAACAGAGAGAAACAACAGAAGCUCAAUGAGCUGGAUGUGGUGGUUCCCCUCAGACUGCACCAGAUAGAGUUUAUGAGCAAUGGGGUGGUGCCGUGCAGCCUGGCCCCAGCUCUGGUGCUGAACACAGUGGCGUUGGGAGGACUACAGGAGAGGAUUAAAGAACUGCAGGUGGAGAAGAGUGAACAGAGAGACCUCUACAGACAGGCCAGGCAGCAGCAUGUCCAGCUCAUCCACGACCGCAACGACAUGGAGGCCAAGAUACAGAGUCUGGAGGCGCGCUGUGAGCAGCUGAUGCUGAUGAAGUUUGGGAAAGUGGUGGACCUGGAGGCCUUACAGACUCUGUCUGGAAACAGAAACCUGGAGGAGAUGAGGCAGGAGAGCAGAGUCCGAGAGGCUGCUUACACACAGGAGCUCAGACAGUGGGAGGUGAAAGUGACAGAGGCCCGUCAUGCGGUGACAGAGGUGACAAGGCAUCACACCGAGCGUCUCCUCAGUAUGAACAGCCUGCUGAGCCAGAAGAAAGAAAUGGAGGACAAACUCAACACCAGGCAGAGCAAGAUGGUACUGGUGCCCAGUUCCAGGGCCGUCGGCAUGCUGAGGAGGACGAGAGGCGGAGGCUGUACCAGCUGGUCCAGAGUCAAGCCCAGGAGGCCAACGCCCUCCGCCAGGAGAUCAACAUCCUGUCCAGAAAGGGGGGUCACAUCCUGCCCCCCAGCCAGGCCCUGCUGCCCCCCCUGCCCGCCGCCCCAGCCCGCUCCACCCAUACCAACCCAGAGAGGCUCAGACACUUCAAACUGGGAGGGGGGCAUCCAUCCACCAGCAGCCAGGGGGUGGAAUAGAGCCUAAACACUCACAUAGAUAAUACACACACAUAUUAUACAAAGAUAACACAUUCACACAUUAAUAUUAAUGUGUGCAGACACACACAUACAGUUAAAGUCGGAAGUUUACAUACACCUUAGCCAAAUACAUUUAAACUCAGAUUUU